CUCGCCCCGGCUCAUCGGCCCCAGUUCGUCCCGCAGAGCUUUGUCACGCGUAUUACAUCUGUGCUGCUUUUUCCAUGCCUGACGAACGCGACCGCAGCGUCUCCCAGGACAUUGAGACUGACGAAGCGCCAUCCCCGGCCGACACGAACGACAACAGCGCGUCGACUCCUGCCGUCGGAAAGCCCGGAAGGAAGAAAAACCCAAACUCGCAGGCAGCAAGGCGUGAUCAGAAUCGUAUAGCCCAAAGGGAGUUUCGCCUGCGUAAACAACAGCGCAUACGUGAUCUCGAGGCCAGUGUUGAGAUACUCUCGGGUGGGAAGGAUGAGGCUCUGUCGCAGCUGAGGAAGGUGCUAAAAGACCUCAUGCAUGAGAAUCAGGUGUUACGUGGUCUCCUCAAAAGCCUCAGCUCGUUCAUCGGCGAGGGCACAGGCGGCAUCCUCGCCAAAGUCGGCUGGGAGCUCGCCGAGUAUAACGAUCUCAUCAACAAGGCCGAGACGGACACUGCUUGGGAGAGCUACCAACGUCAUAAGCGGGACAAGUCUGAAACCACCGCGGGGCCUUCUGGUUCAGGGGCUGGAAAACGUCCAGCGGACGAUAGCGAUCCGUAUGGUCUGCGACCCAAGAGGGCCCGUCCUGACACCAAUGGUGACGCCUCGCGAUCCAGUGACAAUUUCCCCCUCCUCGUCCCCCUCAAUCCUGCUGCGUCAUCCAUGGGUCCCAAUGGUCUCUAUACCACCGACUAUGGGCGCGGUCCUUCAAAUGCUUCUCCGAUGUUCGUACCACCCUCUUCUUCGCCCGUCAACCAUUCCGGCCAGUACGGCUCUCCGCCUAGUGGGGGAAUGUCAAUGUCCUUCCAGUCCAGCUAUGGUUUGUCGAUGUCCAACGACCCAAUGUCGACGAUGUCCGCUGUCAACAACAGUAGUAUGGCAUCGAUGACGGCACCCUCCAGGACGUCGUCGGCUGCUCAACCGUCUCCACGGCAAGGGCAGAAUGAUGAUGAAGAAAUAGACCCCAAGAAGUUGGACGCUUAUAAGCUCAUCCACUACCAUCUGGACAACUGGAAACGCAAUAACAAUUACUGUCUUCCGUCGUCGCUCCGACCAACACUGGUUCAGAGGACGAUCCCACACGAGAGCGUAAUUGACGGGGUACUGCACCCCGAGCUUCGCGAUCGUAUGAUUUUGCUCCGAGAGCGGUUUAACCUUGUUGAUUGCUUGCAUGACUAUCGUCUCGCUGUUACGAUCCAUGGAGACGACGUUCUGGCUCAUCAGAACUGGGAGAUAUCGGAUACAUGGCUGCAACGCUACAAAUUCCUCGUCGACCCAGCGACACUGAACAUCACGAAUAAAUGGCGACGCGAGCGAGGCGAUCCCGAACUGCAUGUCGGAGAAUACUCGACGGAGCCACCAAACCAAGUGUAGCGCUAGCAAGAAGUACGUGACUGACAUAACGUUUGGCUUAGAUGCGGAUACGAACUAUCGCGCUGUUAACCCACGGUCUGUGGCAAGGCAAAAUCCUGUACCAUAUUUAUACGCGGACGGGUCUCAGGCGAACGCAUAGACAUUCGCUGAGGUCGCGUUCUAUUAGUUGUGUUCUUUUUUUGUCCUCUGUCUCCUCCCUGAGCUGCUGUACUAUGUUUCUCUCCGGCUCUCUCAUCACUAGUUUUCGCUUGCUUUCGGGGCUGCUCGGCUUUGUAUCUUGUAGAUAGUCCGCUGGCUCAAUGCUAUCUGAGUGUCUGAGGGAAAUGGGAGAACGGGUCGGAUUCUGGUGCAUUAGAGCAUCAAACAUGCUGUUGGCCUGUUACGAUAUACCCAUUACCCAACCUCUCUACCAUGAGGCUUUGUGGACACCAGGCAACUCGUUCGCCAGGGCCUUUAACCGGAACUGGUACCGCGACAGGCCGAACUCGCUGAUGAUACCCCGACCUUUGCCUGUCGCCGUACACCUGUUCUUGACCGUCGUCGGCCUCGUAUACCGUCCGAAGGUAUUCAGCUGAAGCUGCGCCUGGAACCGGACCUGCGGCGGGAGAGUCUGGUUGCGGGCAACGUAGAGGUACGCGCGACGGAGGAUCUCGUUGGCGUUCACGCCAUGGCGCGCCUUGAUGUCCCGCAGAACGCGUGCAGUUGGCAUUUUAUCCUUCCUCUUCUAGGAGAAUCGCGAGGAGCCGGGUGAGGAGAGGAGGUGAGUAGCCGUAGAUGGAGAUGACGAGACGGACGCAGA